UUUUAAAAGAAAAAUUAUAUUCUAUAUGAUAGAAAAAUCUGGUGGGGUAGAAUAGCGAGCAAGUGGGAAAAAGAAUGUUGGUGCUAAGCCAAGCUCCAGGCGGAGCUCUGUCAGCCAGAAGAUGCUCUUUGAGGUCUUCUCCGGCGUCGACAACCCCAAAUUCUCCGCUCUUCUCCAACCGCAAAUCCAAGUCCCUCUCAACCUUAAACCCCACGAAGCGUUUUAAUCUCACGCUCGCCAAAUCCGACAAAGCCCUCGAUUCCGCUUCCCCUUCCGCCGCCAAGCCCUCGUUGUCGACACCUUCAAGCUCGAUCUCUUCUUCCGCUAUCGGCAAUGACCAAACGAUUUUCGUCGGCGACGAGAAUGUCCCCUUGGAGGGCGUAAUUCAGUUCGACAAACCCGAUUCCUCUGCUCGGUUCAAGAAAUGGGGGCAAGUGGCUCUGUUUUCCGGUGGUGAUGUUCUGGCUUUGCUUUUGUUCGCCGCAAUUGGAAGAUUCAAUCAUGGCUUCUCUGUUUUUGAUGUCGAAACCCUUCGCACGGCCGAUCCUUUUAUUGCUGGGUGGUUUUUGAGCGCUUACUUCCUCGGAGGUUAUGGGGAGGACGGGCGUGGAAGGAAUGGUACGUCGAAAGGUGUUGUUGUGACGGCGAAAUCGUGGGCCGUCGGAAUCCCGCUGGGGUUGAUUAUAAGAGCAGCAACAACGGGUCAUUUUCCACCAUUUAACUUUAUAUUAGUUACCAUGGGAAGCACUGCUGUUUUACUCGUUGGAUGGAGAGCACUAUUGUACAAUCUUCUUCCCAGUGAUAAAACCAAGAAGAGUGACGUGUACCGCCGCGGUAGCCCAUUUGAAUUAUUUGAGUUGCUUACAUCAUUAGUACGAAGGUGGUGAUGAUGAUGACAGUUUAACAUUCGGUGUUUGUAUAAUAUCGUUAUUUUUUAUUCUAGGCACUGUUUUUCUCACUCUUACUUCUCAGCUCGUAUAGCUGAUGAGAUGUAUUGAAUAUAUUAACGAAUACUACCAAUUUUGAUUUCUUC